UCACUCGUCCAUCGCCCGCGCCCGGUGCAGCUCGGCCAGAGCCACGGCGGGCUGCGCGUCCGCCAGGAGCCGCUGCCCUAAUCCUACUGCCGGGAUCCCUCUGCCUGGAUCCCUCUAACUGAACCCCGCUGCACCAAUCCCUCUGUCUGUCUGGACCUCGGUCUGGGAUCAGGCUGCUUGGAGCCUUCUGUCCAUCUCUCUUUCUCUCCCUGGAUCGCACUGCCUGAUUCCGGCUGCUCUAAUCCUUCUGUCUGGACUCCGCCGCACGGAUCCCUCUGCCUGGACCGACCACACGGAUCUCUCUGCGCAGACCCCAGCUCCGUAGCUACGAUGUCCGUGGCACGGCCACAAGCCGCGGGACCGGACAGGAUCUCUCUGCUCCUUGUCGCCUUCCUUCUGGGGAGCCCCGCAGCAGCUCAGGCGGAAGAUGGUGGUCCAGAGGGAGAUAUACACCCUUCCACUGCCUACCUCCUGCCCUCUGCCUCGCUGGAGAGCAGCCUGGAAGAGGGGGUGACAUCAGCAGCCCCAGGUCCCCUGCCAUCCCGGGAAACACUGGAAGCUCUAGAAGAGUCCUUGCCCCCUGCACUCCCCGACGAGGCCAGUGUCCAGCACACCCCGACCCUCAGGAAGGGCCUUCCGUCCCUGAAGCAACUCAACUCGGCCCGGAGGCAGCUGAGGCCCCUGGCUACCCCGACAACUCUGCAGAGACUGGGAUCUCCUGCCUCAGCCACCACGAAGCCUCGUGAGCCUGGAGACCCCGAGCAGCCCACGGCACCUGCGCCACUGCAGAUCGCGCCCUUCACGGCAUUGGCGACCACACUCCCGCACAGCCCGCAGCCCGCUCAGGCCCCCGACGACAGCAGCCCCGGUAGCCCUCUGGACAAAGGGGACAAUGAGCUGACCGGGUCCGCCUCCGAGGAGAACCAGGAGACCACCACAUCCACCAUCGUCACUACCACCAUCAUCACCACGGAGCAGGCCCCAGCUCUCUGUGGUGUGAGCUUCUCCGACCCCGAGGGAUACAUUGACUCAAGCGAUUUCCCUCCGCAGCCCUACAGCAGCUUCCUGGAGUGCACUUACAAUGUGACAGUCUACACUGGCUACGGGGUGGAACUGCAGGUGAAGAGUGUCAACCUCUCCGAAGGGGAGCUGCUCUCCAUCCGAGGAGUGGACGGUCCCACCCUGACAGUCCUGGCCAACCAGACUCUCCUGGUGGAGGGCCAGGUGAUCCGCAGCCCCACCAACACCAUCUCUGUCUACUUCCGGACCUUCCAGGAUGAUGGCCUCGGGACCUUCCAGCUACAUUACCAGGCCUUCAUGCUGAGCUGCCCCUUUCCCCGGAGGCCCGAUGCAGGAGACGUCACGGUGAUGGAUCUGCACUCGGGCGGGGUGGCCCACUUCCACUGCCACCUGGGUUAUGAGCUACAGGGAGCCAAGACGCUGACCUGCAUCAAUGCCUCCAAACCGCACUGGAGCAGCCAGGAGCCUGUCUGCUCAGCCCCAUGUGGAGGAGCAGUGCACAAUGCCACCAUCGGCCGAGUUCUCUCCCCCAGUUACCCGGGAACCGCCAAUGGCAGCCAGCUCUGCGUGUGGACCAUAGAGGCUCCAGAGGGUCAGAAGCUUCACCUGCAUCUUGAAAGGCUGCUACUGCAUGAGAAAGACAGGAUGAUUGUCUACAGUGGACGAACAAACACGUCGGCCCUCCUGUACGACUCUCUCCGAACAGAGAGUGUGCCAUUCGAGGGCCUGCUGAGCGAGGGUAGCAGUAUCCGCAUCGAGUUCACAUCUGACCAGGGCCAGGCAGCCUCUGCCUUCAACAUCCGCUUUGAGGCCUUUGAGAAAGGUCACUGCUAUGAACCCUACAUCCAAAACGGGAACUUCACCACAUCGGACCCCACCUACAACAUCGGUACCAUUGUGGAGUUCACCUGCGACCCCGGCCACUCCCUGGAACAGGGCCCGGCUGUCAUCGAGUGCGUCAAUGUGCGUGACCCAUACUGGAAUGACACGGAGCCUCUAUGCAGAGCCAUGUGUGGCGGGGAGCUCUCUGCUGUGGCAGGGGUGGUGCUCUCUCCAAACUGGCCAGAGCCCUAUGCAGAAGGUGAAGACUGUGUGUGGAAGAUCCACGUUGGGGAGGAGAAGCGGAUCUUCCUGGACAUUCAGUUCCUGAACCUGAGCAACAGCGACAUCCUGACCAUCUAUGAUGGCGACGAGGUUGUGCCCCACGUCCUGGGCCAGUACUUUGGCCACAGCAGCCCUCAGAAGCUAUACUCCUCCACACCGGACCUCACCAUCCAGUUCCACUCUGACCCUGCCGGCCUCAUCUUUGGCAAGGGCCAGGGAUUUAUCAUGAACUAUAUAGAGGUGUCACGGAACGACUCCUGCUCAGACUUGCCUGAAAUUCAGAACGGCUGGAAAACCACUUCCCACACAGAGCUGGUCAGGGGAGCCCGGAUCACGUACCAGUGCGACCCUGGCUAUGACAUCGUGGGGAGCGACACCCUCACCUGCCAGUGGGACCUCAGUUGGAGCAGCGACCCCCCGUUUUGUGAAAAAAUUAUGUACUGUACUGACCCCGGGGAAGUGGAACACUCCACCCGGCUCAUCUCAGACCCUGUGCUGCUAGUGGGCACCACCAUCCAGUACACCUGUAGCCCUGGCUUUGUGCUUGAAGGGAGCUCGCUUCUCACCUGCUACAGCCGUGAGACGGGAACUCCCAUCUGGACAUCUCGCCUGCCCCACUGUGUCUCUGAGGAGUCCCUGGCGUGUGACAACCCAGGACUGCCUGAGAACGGGUACCAGAUCCUGUACAAGCGUCUCUACCUGCCCGGAGAGUCCCUCACCUUCAUGUGCUAUGAGGGCUUUGAGCUCAUGGGCGAAGUGACCAUCCGGUGCAUUCUGGGACAGCCGUCCCAUUGGAGCGGGCCCCUGCCCAUCUGUAAAGUUAACCAAGACAGUUUCGAACACGCGUUGGAAGCAGAAGCGGCAGCAGAGUCCUCACUGGAAGGCGGGAACAUGGCGCUGGCCAUCUUCAUUCCAGUCCUUCUCAUCUCCUUGCUACUGGGAGGAGCCUACAUCUACGUCACGAGGUGCCGACAAUACUCCAGCCUCCGCCUGCCCCUCAUGUACUCCCACCCCUACAGCCAGAUCACCGUGGAGACUGAGUUCGACAAUCCCAUCUAUGAGACUGGGGAAACGAGAGAGUACGAAGUUUCCAUCUAACAAGAGCUGCCCUGGAAAGAGGGACUUCAGACACAGACAGACAGUCAGACAGACAGACAGACAGACCAAACAGACAUGAACUGUCAGGACCUCCUCAGACAUUCAUCAGAGACCCUGUGGCGUUGGGUCGCAGCCCAGCGUGGCCGCCAUCUUUCCGCUACACUGUUUCUUCGCUGUACUUAACUAUAUUUAAAAUUGAAGGCUUUGACACCGGUGAGUUUGGUACACUGAGGCUGCAGCCAAGGUCACACGACGUCCUCCGUUCCCAAAGCAGGCAGAGUGACAAACCACAGGUCAAGUUGGAUCAGCAGUGCCAGGCUUGGGCCAUGCCCAUCCUGCAUGGUCUUCGGCAACACACCACAGCGCGCUUGGUACAAUCAGAAGCCCCAGGGUUGUCGGAGUGUGUCUUGCAGAGUUGCUUUGGAGUGGAAUUUAGCCUGAGUACUUCAAGCCCAUGUUUCCCCCCAAAAACAAAUUCUGUGUCCUCUUUUCCAAUUAAAAAAAAUUCCGAUUUUAAAAAUUCCUCUAAAAGGUCUUUACCCUAUCUUCUCCUUCCUGUGGCCUUCCAAAGGCAGCAAAGAUUUUCCCAGAAUUCCCUGGGCCCAAAGGAAUGAGGAUAAGAUGAGCAGGCAGGCCCUUUCUUAAAAGGUGAUAAGCCCAGAGCACUGUCAGGGAUGAAACAGGGAUCCUGAGGAAGGGGACUUCAAAGAGGGAUGGAUACUGGAUGAGCUCUGUACUGGAACCCACCAAGCUGGCAGGGACAUCCUGAGACUAGGGUCAUAAAUCCACAGGCAGCUUGGACUACAGAGUCACCAGGUCUGCGGGGAGGGAGGGAUACGUCCUGACCUGAAAGCCAAGAAUCUGCUCUGAUUCCCACCUGGGCUCCUAGUCUGUCCUUUGACAUAGCCAUGAGAGACACUGCCUCCAGAUCUUGUUUCUCACAAACUCCCUGGAAGGGGAGGUGCUGAGAAAGAGAGAGGCCCCUCCCUGGCCUCUCAGUCUCUGGGGGAGCGGGGCUGAGGGGGUGGGGAGGUGGCAUCAGUACCCAAGCAGAUUCCCUGUGGGCAGAGCAUGGUAGAAAUCACAGGAUUAACAAGGCACAAGGUCCAGCCUGAAUGUCAGUAAAAACAAAAUAUUUCCCGACAGCAGACCCUCCCAGCCUUCAGUGACUGCUCCUUCAUCAGAGGCUGCAACCCUCCAAAAGACUAUUUCCUAAGUCCAGUCCUUUAAGAAAGGUGUCAGGGUUAGAUGCUGGAGGAGACAGCAGGCAUGGGGGGAGUGAUCACUUGAGGAUCAUGUUGUGCUCAGCAGCCAGGCAUGUGGGAACUCCGUCUAGAGGAUCCUCUCUGUGUUUUCCUGUGCUAUCUGGGGUUUCAAAGAAGAGAAAGCGCUUUCUGGCUGCAGGGCUAUAGGGAGAUUACAUCUUCUCAGCCCUCAUCCUAGCAAGAAUAGACUCAUCUUCCUCCAGGAAGCCCCCUGCGUGCAUGUGCCUGACCACUAUGACCAGGGGGAUUUCUGGUCACCCAGCUCAUCCACCCACAGAGGAACGAGAGGAGAAACUGUACAGGCUCUAAGGAGCAGGGGGCCACAUGGGGAAAGACCUACUAUGAGUAGUGUGGCCUUUCUCCCAGAGGCAGAACCUAUUCUUGAUGCUUCCAACCCUAACCCUGGGUCACCUGCAAAUUCUGUCUAUGGUGUUUGAUUUUAGUCCACUGUAUGCCCCUAAGUGGAAACUACACACUUGCCUUCUAUAAAGGCUGUGUGUGGCCCUUCUAACACUGCUCCCUAAAGCUGACCAGGUCAUGCCCAGGUCAUCUCUUGACUAUUGGGUGGGGGUGGGGGUGUAAAAAUGUUGAUUUUUUUUUUUACAGGAGACCAAUAUCUCAGUUCUGACUUAGUGGUACAGUUGGUGUGGCUGUGUUUUAAAAUGUUGUUCUAGCCUAGAGGUGGAUCGUGCGAGCUCACAAUGUACAAUGACUGAAAGGACAUGUGUCUUUUUUUUUUUUUAAUACCUGUGUAUUUGUAACAUGUAAAGUUUUGAUUAAAAAUGAUAAUGAUGAUGUUACCAGUGCCGAAUUAUCAGAUGCCAGUCCCAAGGCAUUUCAUGACGGUCCAUCCCUGUCUGUUUUUACAAGAUGGAAAUUUGAACCCAUCAGGAUUAAAUAGUUUUCGAACGGGAUACACUCGUGAGCCCUCCCACAAGCAGCUCCCUGUUCUGACGUCAGUGGGAACACGUGUUUCGGAACGUGCGCAUCCUUCACACUGAUUGGCACAGGCAGCACGGUCAACACGCACAGCUCCUCCCCCUUCUGCUCAGAGCUCAUCUUCCCCCUUAGCUUGCCUUUUGGUAGACUCAUUUUGCCAACAUAAAAUAUUCUGACCUCUGCCUGGGGGGCCAUCUUUCUAAGUGAUCACAGCCUGAGCCUUUGAAGCCAGCUCUUUGGAGAACUUACAAACCUCAGGGGACAACUCUGGAAAUCCACACACAGCCCUGGAGAAGGAGAAAGGGUUUCGCCUGAAUGGGCACCCUGGGGACUCCGACGAACCAAUGGGUAGCUUCAGGAACCGUAGGCAAAAAGACCUCUUCCUUUGGUGGUGACCUUCCUGUGUCUUUGAUGAGGCCCGGUGAGAUGGCACUCCAGGCCCAGUCUUGUGCAGCACUCGGCACCCACAAAAAAACGUGCGUCUUCUGGGACGCUUGCUCUUUCAUUUAUCAUCAAACGGAAUUUAAAAAAUGGCAAACUUUCUAAGCUAGAAAAAAAAAUGAAAUGAAAUCAUUUUCCACUUUGUAUAUAUUGCUGCUAAUAAAACAGUUGUAAAAGAUGU